GAGCCUUGUAGCAACAAUAAAGUUAUCUCUGUGUGACAUAUAGGUCACGAGUUCGAGCCGUGGGGCAAAUGUCUCUUAAUUUAUCAAUUUUUUUUAUCUUUUAGAGAAGUUAAAAGGGAGUCUUGUAGCAACAUAAAGUUAUCUCUGUUUGACAUAUAGGUCACGAGUUCGAGCCGUGGGGCAAGUGUCUCUUAAUUUAUCAAUUCUUUUUUUUAUCUUUUAGAUAAGUUAAAAGGGAGCCUUGUAGCAACAAUAAAGUUAUCUCCGUGUGACAUAUAGGUCACGAAUUCGAGCCGUGGGGCAAAUGUCUCUUAAUUUAUCAAUUUUUUUUUAUCAUUUAGAGAAGUUAAAAGGGAUUCUUGUAGCAACAUAAAGUUAUCUCUGUGUGACAUAUAGGUCACGAGUUCGAGCCGUGGGCCAAGUGUCUCUUAAUUUAUCAAUUUUUUUUUUUUUAUCUUUUAGAGAAGUUAAAAGGGAGCCUUGUACAACAAUAAAGUUAUCUCUGCGUGACAUAUAGGUCACGAGUUCGAGCCGUGAAGUGCGGCUCUUAUCUGUACCCUUCUUGCGGCCCUUCCCCGACCCUACGUGAAUGCGGGAUACCUGUGCACCGACUCCGAGCUGCCCUUUUGGUCUUUCAGAUAAGUAAAAAGCAUGUUCUCUUGAUUUGAGGAAGCAAAACAAAGCAAUCUUAGCUUUCAAUGUAAGAAACAGUUAAAAGGCAUUGUCCCAUUACUUGUAUUAAAUGUGAUAGGUUACUUAUUGUCUUCUUGACAAGAUUUUCUCCUCUGGCUACAGCAAGUAUAUGCUAAAUGAAGCUACCAUGAUUAUACAACAUGCCAUUAAAACAUUAAAAUAAAAGAAAACAAGAGGGGGAAAAGUAAAGAAAUAAAAACUCUGCCAAUAAAUAUGCAAACAGUAUUUGAAUGUCAAAGUACCAUUAAUUUCUCAAUCAAUCUAUAUGGAGUUCAUAAAAGUAGUGUCCACAUCUUUAACUCUUCCAAUUCUUGCUGUUAUCUUCUGUUUCUGUCUUAAUAGCAGCCAAUGCCAUCCUUUAGACCCUCUAAAUCCUACUGAGAUCAACAAGAUUAGAGUCAUUAUUCAAAAAUCUCAUCUUAGUUCCCUCUCCAAUUUAACAUUUCACUUUGUUGAUCUUGAAGAGCCUGAAAAACAGGAUGUCCUUCAUUGGCUGUCCUUACAUAAGCGCGAAAGUGUUCCUUUUCCUUAUCGUCGAGCCAAGGUAGUGGUUCGUGCAAAUGGUGAGACGUUUGAAGUCGUUGUAGACUUGGCUACGCGAUCUAUCAUAUCAGAAAAUGUAUAUACUGGUCAUGGUUUCCCUCCACUUACUCUCGACGAAAUUGUACAAUGCAGCAGGCUGACAUUGAGGAAUCCUAAAUUUCAAGAUUCAAUAUUGAAAAGGGGUUUGAAUAUAUCAGAAGUUAGUUGCAUACCACAGCCAGUAGGAUGGUUCGGGCAGCCAAGGACACGAAGAGUACUUAACGUUCCAUGUUUUUAUCGCAAUGGGACAACUAAUUUUUGGGCAAGGCCAAUUGAAGGGAUCACUACAAUAUUAGAUGUUGAAUCCAUAAAGAUAAUCAAAUAUAUGGACAGAUUCAGAGUCCCUUUGCCUGAAGCCGAGAGUGCUGAUUUUCAAUCAUCGAGCCAGAGAUCAGUCGCUUGCAAUGACACAGACACAAGCCGGAUUAUCAUCAAAGGCAAUGAAGUUAAAUGGGAUAAUUGGGUUUUUCAUGUUGGAUUGAACACGAGGGCGGGGACUAUCGUGUCUACAGCUUCUAUAUUCGAUGAUACAAGAAAAGAAUAUCGACAUGUGCUCUAUAGUGGUCAUGUAUCUGAGACAUUUGUGCCUUAUAUGGAUCCUACAUUUGAAUGGUACUACAGGACUUUUAUGGAUAUAGGUGAAUUUGGUUUCGGAAGGUCUGCUAGUAGUCUUGUCCCGUUACUAGAUUGUCCGAACAAUGCAGUGUAUAUGGACGGAUAUAUGGCUGAUUCAGAAGGACAUAUAGUGCAAGUUCCCAACGCGAUUUGUAUAUUUGAAAGAUAUGUUGGCGAUGCUGCUUGGAGGCAUACAGAAAAUGGAGUACCGGGAAAUAUAAACACUAAGGGACAGCAAGAAGUUAAUUUGGUUGUUAGAAUGGUAGCAACAGUAGGAAAUUAUGAUUAUACACUUGAUUGGGAGUUCAAACAAAGUGGAACUCUCAGAGUUGGAGUAAGUUUAAACGGAGUUAUGGAGACGAAGGCUGUGAAAUAUACGAACGAUAAUCAAAUAACAGAGGAUGUUUACGGGACCCUUGUGGCCAAAAAUACAAUUGCAGUUAACCAUGAUCAUUUCCUUAUUUACUAUCUUGAUCUUGAUAUUGAUGGUACUGAUAAUUCAUUCCUAAAAGCCAAACUGAAAACUAGAAGAGUGAAGGACUCAAAAAUUUCACCUAGGAAAAGUUAUUGGAAAGUUGUUAAGGAAACUACGAAAACAGAAAAUGAGGCUAAGACACACCUAGGACUAGAACCAGCUGAAUUCUUGAUUGUAAAUCCAAAUAAGAAAACAAAGAUUGGACAUGAUGUAUCUUAUCGACUAAUACCUAGUCGACCAGCCAUGUCGUUGCUAUCAUACGACGAUUAUCCUCAACUUCGAGCAGCCUAUACAAAGUAUCAAUUGUGGGUGACACCAUACAACAAAUCAGAAAGGUGGGCCGGAGGAUUCUACACUGAUAGGAGUCGAGGAGAUGAUGGCCUACCAAUCUGGAGUCGCAGGAAUAGGCCUAUUGAAAACAAGGAUAUUGUGCUUUGGUACACUGUUGGACUCCAUCAUGUACCAUGUCAAGAAGAUUUUCCUGUAAUGCCUUCAUUUUAUGAUGGUUUCGAGCUCCGGCCAACAAAUUUCUUUGAAAGAAAUCCAUUGCUGAAACAAUGAUAUACCUUGAUAAAUUGAUAUAUAAUUUGAGCAAGUGCAAAUUUCAAGUUCUUCUAUUAAACAGUAACCUUUUAACUCUACUAUAUAAAGUGUACUAGUAAAUUUUGUUGUAAUUUAUAUGGAGAACAAAAGAUGAUCUUCUUUAGCCUGUUUA